CGUUUAGUGAAACUACGUCGUUUCAUUCAGUUGUUUUGUUAAACACAAAAUCUCAAGACGACGUCGUUUUGCUUAAUUAAAAUUGUUGUUGCUGCCUGGACUCGAACCCGUGCACUCGUGGUCGUAAGGGGGUAUUGCCACUGAGCUAGUGGACUUUUCGGAAGGUUAUCACACAUGUUUAUUUUUAUUGAUCAAAAGAUGUGUUUGAUUGCAAUCAAACAAAAUGAAACCCGUGUUUGAACGUAACCCUAAUUUCUCAAAUCGAUUUGGGGAUUUCUCUUGUAGAGAUGGUAAAGAUGAAGUUCACAAGGAAUGGAAAGGAGGUAAUGAUUUUCGGAGCGAUGAGGAAUUUCGAUUACGGGAGUGACGAAGCGGUUCAAGAGUCGAAGAAGGGUGGAGAACGCGAUGCUUCUGUGAGUUUGCCAUCGCUGGAGAGAUCGAGGAUUCGUAAAAGCGUUGAAGGGAUAUCAAUGUUGGCAUCUACAGAGGUGUCGAAGGCGUCGAAGACUAGGCGGAGAACUUCAUAUGGGUCGCCUGCGUCAUCUCCGGAGAAGACCACGAGGAGGGGAACUUCAUAUGGGUCGCCUGCGUCAUCUCCGGUGAAGGCCACGAGGCGUGGUUCAACUCUGUCUCCUAGAUUUUCGAAGAAGCAGAAGGUAAAUGUGGCUCCUUCUGGUGAUGACAGAGAAGAAUGGCCAGAGACUGAGAUGUUGGCAUCAACAGUUGCGAAGAAGACAAGGCGGGGAACUUCAUCUGGUGGGUCGCCUGUGUCUCCUAGACAAUCGAAGAAGCAGAAGGUAAACUCGGAGAGGAGUCUAGGUGAUGAUGGUGAUGACAGAGAAGAAUUUCUCCAGAUUGAGGAAUUUGGGGAUAUAGGUGAUGAUGGUAGGGAAGAUGAGAACGGUAUUGCUGGCAUUGAGGAAGUUGGUUGUACAGAUUUGAGUCUUUAUUUUGGUGAUAAAGCAAAAAAUGAUGACUGUGAGGUUGAUGAAGACGAAGGCGAUGAUGAUGCAUGGGAUGAUGAUAAAAUCCCUGAUCCUCUGUCAUCAGAUGAUGAGAAUGAAGAGGAGAUGAGACCUGCGCAAGCUUAUAGAGAAGACACUGAUCCAGAGGAGCUCCUUCAGCUAGGCAAGACAUUUUCAGAUGCUGAGGACUUCAAACAUGCUUGUCUGAGGUAUACCCUGAAAACCAGAUACAACAUCAAGUACUACAGAUCCAGUAGCUUGAAGAUGGGUGCAAAAUGUGCCGCUGAGAUGAGAGAUGAUGAGUCUCCUUGUCCCUGGAUGGUCUACUGUUCGUAUGAUAGGAGGAAACAGAAGUUGAUGGUAAAGACAUACGUCAAUGACCAUAAGUGUGAGAGGACAGGGUAUUCGAAGAUACUUAAGAGGUCAGCAAUUGCAAGUCUAUUUGCUGAGAGGUUAAGGCUGAAUCCUAAGCUCACGGUAAAGGAGAUACAGGCUGAGAUAUUGAGGGAGUAUAAGAUGGAAGUUUUAGAAAACUCAUGCAUUAAGGCCAAGACGAAGGUGAUGAAAGAAAGGAGGAAGACCCAUGAGGAGCAUUUUGAUAAAAUCUGGGAUUACCAAGCAGAGAUAUUGAGGAGCAAUCCUGGAUCAACCAUGGAAAUUGAGACCAUACCAGGAGCCACGGUUGGAACCAAGCAGCGGUUCUACAGACUCUACAUGUGUUUCCAAGCACAAAAGGAAGCAUGGAAGAAGACUUGUAGGCCUGUUAUUGGCUUAGAUGGAGCCUUUUUGAAAUGGGACAUCAAGGGACAGUUGUUGGCUGCGGUUGGAAGAGAUGGAGACAAUAGGAUUGUCCCUAUUGCUUGGGCUGUAGUGGAGAUAGAGAAUGAUACAAACUGGGAUUGGUUUGUGAAGCGUUUGGCCUUGGAUUUGGGAUUGGAAAAUGGGAACGGCUUUGUUAUAAUGUCUGACAACCAAAAGGUAAACACUUUGCUUUCAUGAUACUCAAUGAAUGUUUGAUUCUUGUUUCUGAUUUUUGUUUUCUGAUCUUGUAGGGAUUAAUGAAAGCAGUUCAUACCCUCCUUCCAGAAGCUGAGCAUAGACAGUGUUGUCGCCAUAUCUACGAGAACUGGAGGAAAGGUGGAAAAGAUCUAAGGUUACAGAGGUUCUUCUGGUUCAUUGCAAGGAGCUACACUCCUGGUAUGUUCAACUACAACAUGGACGAGCUUAAGAACUAUGAUCCUGGCGCACAUGCAUCUCUGAUAAAGACAAAGCCAGAGACUUGGUCUAGAGCUUUCUUCAAGAUAGGCUCCUACUGCAAUGAUAAUCUGAAUAACUUGUGUGAGUCCUUCAACAAGACCAUCAGGGAGCCUAGGAAGAAACCUCUGCUAGACAUGUUAGAGGAGAUAAGGUGUCAAUGUAUGACUAGGAACUACAAUAGGUCUAAGAUGGCUAAGGACAGGAAGACUAGGUUCACCCCGAAGACACAUAAAGAGUUAGACAUGGUUGAGAAGAAGUCAAAAUAAUGUAGUCUGCGUUGGGCAAUUGGGCCAGAGACUGAGGUGGAAGAUAGAGACCAGUCAUAUGUGGUGAAUUUGGAGAAUGAGACUUGUGCAUGUCGAAGCUGGCAAAUGAAUGGUAUUCCUUGCAUCCAUGCUGCUAAGGUCAUCCUUGGCGUGGGAAGAAAACUCUCUGAAUUUGUUGCUCCUUUCUACACAACCUCUAAGUGGCGUGAAACCUACAGUUUUGGGAUCAUACCUGUAAAUGGGAUGAUAGAGUGGCCUCGGACCAAUAGAUUAGGUGUGAUUCCACCACCUAAUCGAAAUGGCAAGCCUGGUAGGCCUAAAAACCAUGAUCGAAAGAAGGGAACCAAUGAGACAGUGUCUACUACCAAGCUGAGUCGUGCGAACAGGGUAAUGACAUGCUCUAAUUGCAAAGAAGAAGGGCACUACAAGAAUACAUGUCGGAAGGCUUUUGUUGAGAGCCCACCUAAGAAACCAAGAGGCAGACCAAGGAAAUAUCAGGGACUACACUUUGG